AUGUUGAACAGAGUGAUGGUUUUACUUCUGUCAAUUUAUUUGGUGACUGCUGAUGAAAACAUUUCUGGACAAUGCAUUACACGUGAGCUUACAUCAUCGUACAUAACAGUGCCGGAGAAAGCAUCUAGUUGGUCAAGUCUAUCCACCAUUUUGGAUCUUUAUCACUGUAAUGGAUUUCAUCGCCAUGUGGCGUAUAUGUUCAUGGAUGUUUAUCUUCAAAUUAACCUUACUAACGAACAUGCUUAUCAGCUUUAUCAGGGUGAUAAUUGUUCGGAGAUUCUGCAACAUUAUCACGAUGAUCAGCGUCUCUGGGGAUUAGUAAGGCGUGUCAAGUUAUUGCGUUAUAAGCAAUUAAGUCCAUUUUCUAAGACUAUUAUUGGCGUAAGCACUCGACAUCCAUAUGAAAUCCGAAUACGUGUAUGGAAGAUUAAUUACAUACGUUUCGCUGUGUUUAUCGGUAGUAUAAUCUUGUUUUUGAUGUCAUAUUCUUUAGUGAAAAAUGCUAUUUUCUAUUAUACUAGUGGUUGCACGAUUGGUAUUCUUGCAUCAUUUUUGAUUGUUGGAUUUGUAGUUUACCGGUUGACUCCAAGGAGUUGGUUGGGAAUUCCUUUGAUGUUUACUGGCUGGUCCUUCUCGUUCUUCUUUAUUUACACUGUUUGGAAAAAUCUCGCUUCUUUGGUUUUAGUGUAUCAGAAAUUUGUGGCAGCAUAUUUUGCUACAGUAAUUUUAAUAUCUUUGGCGGUUUGUUAUCGAUACGGACCACCAACCGACAUCCGAUCUCAUAAUCUUGCUCAGUGGACAUUGCAGCUGAUUGCUUUGAUACUGAUAUACUCAUCAUGUCAAAUAAUAGAUGUCGCUAUUGGAGUCAUUGCAUUGUUACUGCUGUGGUCGGUCUCAAAAAAUUGGUUGAUUAAUAUAAUAUCCAAAUUCAUAUCUGUUUUCAAAGCAGUAUGGCUUUUCUUAUUUCCACAAUGUCAGCGUUUAUUGACCAUGGAAGAAUAUCAACAGCAGGGUGAGGAAGAAACUAGGAAAGCAUUAGAAGAAUUGCGCCAAUAUUGUCGAAGUGCGGAAGCGGAUGUUUGGAAAAUUACAUCUUCAGUGAGUAACCCAAAGAGGUUAGCGAGCUUUGUUGAUGGUACUUGUGAUCACGUCAGGGAUGAUGAAUCUCGACUACAUGAUUUAGAAUAUACAGAUUUUGAUGAUCUUUCUGAUGAUAGUGGAGAAGAUGAAUAUGUUGUCGCUCAACGUUCUUAUCUCAGUGAUAAUUAUGAAUCACCAAGGAGAAGAUAUCAGGCUUGCGAAAGCUCUUCACCUUAUCUGCAGUCAGAGGAAUGUAGGUUAAAUCUACGGAAAAAACUCAUUCAAAACGAAAAUUUGGACGACGAUGAAAAUGAAUUCCGAUAUAACUUGCAAACUCAUUCUUUGCCACUGGAAGACUCUUAUAGGAAAUCUCAAUAUCAUCGUGAUUUGCAUAACAACAGAAGGGUCGCAAAUAACUCAUACCAUUCAUUCAGACCCCGAGAAAAGUCACCUUGCCUCAUGCAAGGCGAUCCGUGUAGAAAUUAUGUUUGUUUUAAUCACUUAUCCGAAAAAGAUACUAGGCAGCGUUUUCCACAGGAUAACCGAAAUUUACGCUUUCCAUUGCGACUUCCGAAAGAUUUGAAUUAA